GGGGGGGCGUGGCUUGGGUGAGGGGGCCGCCGCGCCGCCGCCGCCGGUGCUGCCAGUGCCGUUGCCGGGCGUCGGAAGGGGUCACCAGAGCGGGUCCAGUCGGGCGGGCGGAGAAGAUGGCGGACGAGGGCGGCGGCGGGUCCGGUUUCCACAUAGCCACCAGCCUGGCGGAGGUGGCGAGCUCGCUGGGCACUUCGGAGCAGGCGCUGCGCCUCAUCCUGUCCAUUUUCAUGGGUGGGUAAGGGACGGGGCGGAGCGGCGGGUGGUGGUGGUGCUGUGCGAGAGAGGGGAGCGGGUCGUGGCUUGCGGGCGGGACACCCCGUUCCCACGUACCCCGCGCACACGUGUGUGGCAUGGAGGAGGGCAGGCGGACCCUUCUCCGCGUGGAGCAGCUCACCUGUGGCGCGAGGGAUAGAGCCACACCCGCCCAAAGCCCAUUCCUCCUUCCUGCACAUGUUCCAGCUGUUCCUAUUUUCGUCUACAAGCCGCCUUGAGCCCCUGUCGGGGGGGGGGGGAGGAAGGCGGGGUAGGAAUAAACAGAAUAAUUAUAAUAACCCGCAUAUUCUCUGAAAUGCACUUCCUGGGAAAACUGGGAGGGAGCCUCUAGCAUGUGGUUAACAUGCAGAGGAAGUUGCGGGGGGGGGUGUUGUAGCCCGUUGCAUCUGGAGGAUCUUAAUUGUUUUACAAGUAAAGUUAUAAGAAUAAAUCUUGAGGAGCAGGUGCUGGGAAAGAACUCUGCUGGAGAGCCACUGCUACUUCUUCUCAGUAGGCCACUGAGAGCUGUUUGGACAAAUAGUCUGAUUUACCAUAAGGCUGCUUAUCCUAAAUUGCAGUUGUGGUGUGGUGUGGUGUGGUGUGGUGUGGUGUGGUGUGGUGUGGUGUGUGUGUGUGUCUGUGUGUCUGUGUGUCUGUGUCUGUGUGUGAGAGAGAAAACAGGAAAUGGUGGGCUGCCCUUCUGUGUGGGCUUCUUAGAAGCAUGUGGCUGAUCACUUCGAAACAGGGAAAGGUACUUCUGUUUGAUCUAGCAAGGCUGUUCUUAUAUAUAUAUAUAUAUAUAUAUAUAUAUAUAUAUACACACAUAUAUAUACUGACCUCCAUAGCCUUUCUGGUUUCUGUUCCCCUUGCCUUUGUUACAGAUGUCUGCCAUAGAGAUUGGGAUCAGCAAGUUGUUUGACUGACUGUCUGCCAAGGAAGGGGACAGCAAGACUUACCUACUUUUAAUAACUGUGUAGAAGACAGAACUUGAGUUAAGCAGUGGCUUCUCAGUCCUAUGCAGUGGGUUUCACAUACCAGUCUUUUCUCUCGGAAUCCAUAAAAGCUUAUGCUGUAAUAAAUCAGCUAGUCUUAAGGGUCCUGCAGAACUCUGCUGUUUGUUUUACAUAGCUGUCAAAGCCAUGGGAACCCUACUGUCCUUCAUUACAUGUAUGGCAAAGGUGGCUAACCUCUAGGCCUCCAGAUGUUGUUGCAGAUGGUGUGCUAGGGGAGGGGUAGUACCUCUGCUGGGGGACGCAUCUUGCUCCUUCUGGGGUAGUUUGUCCUGUCCACCUUUGAUCCUCACCCUGCACUCAGUUCUCACCUGUGGCUCCUAGAAGCUGUUGCAAUGUGAUAGCAGCCACACCCCAGGAAACGGCUUCAACUGGCUGGCUAAACCAGGUGAGGGCAGUUGAUGGGUCUCAAAUCCUUGGUGAGUUAGGGACUUCCCCUGCAUGCGAAGACAGGCUCCGGCAGGUGGAGCAGAUCAAACCAAUGGUGGGUCCAGUGGUCAAGUAGGCAGUUUCUGCACAUGCUGUAGAGGGAAUUGAGGGGCAGGUGAAGCUUGUCAGCCUGGAAAGGUAGCCCAUCUAAGAGAAGGAAAACUCUGGUCCUAAACCUCAGCUGCUUUGCGGGACAUCUUCAGGAGAUGAAAAGGGUAAGGGGUAAACCCCACAAAUCCAGAGUGGAGUUCCCGAGAGAGUUGGAUGGUGCCUUGUACACUUCAUUUUGCCAACUCCUGCAGCCAAGCUGGUGCCAGAUGUAUUACUUUGUUUUCCUUUGGACCAUGUCAGCAAGGCUGAGAGGGGAGUCUUCUCGUUUGAGCAACCCAGGACCUCCAUACACACUGCCCAGGCUUGCGCCCCAGGAAGGCUGCUUCGGUGCUGCUAACGUAGUGGUUUGGCAGACAGACACCAACAACAAUUCCCAUCAUCCCCUGAGCUUUGCUAACUGGAGCUAAUGGGAGUUAAGAGUUCAACAUCUGGAGGAUCUUAGGUUAGCCACUCCUAAUCUACAAUCACUCCUUGUGUACAGGUGUGUGAAAUUAGCACUGAUCUGCCAUUAAGAGUUAGAGCAGUGAGCACUGAAUAAGGGCAGCAUGGCUCCUUUCCUUUUUUUCAUGAUUGCGGAGAAGAAGGAAGCAGAAACAGGUGCAGUUACUUUACAAAUGUUCUGUGCAGUUCUUAAAGGUGCAUGAGUUCAGCUGCCUGCCUUCUGAAUCAGCAAUCACCCCCUGGUAACAGCUGCUUGAAACUCCUGGUGGUCUGCCUGCAGCCCAAGUCUAGGGCAGAAAAAUAUAUGAGUGACCUGGGAGCACAUAUGCAUGUCAUAAAAUGAGUAGUGCUGGAGUUGUAACCUGUGACACAGUUCUAAGCAUACUUCCAUUGACAUAUUUCUAAGUACACGUGGUUAGGGCUGGAGAAUUUCUAGUUCUGUCUGCCCUAUUCCAAGUCCAGCACAACACAAGAAAAGAAAGGGUGGAAGGAUUCCAGGUUAUUUUUAGAUGAAAGAAAGGUUAUGUCUCCAAGCAUCAGUGAAGAUUGUGGGGGCACCAUGUUGAGUGCUGCACAUUGCUGGGCUCAUGGCACCACAUGCAGAUUGAUAGGCAGGCUUGAAAGUAAAGGAUGAGUCAUAGCUAUGUUUUGGAUUUGUGGCUUCCCAACAGCCUUUACAAUGGAUCUGGAUGGCUUAGGGUGGUUUUUCUGAAUUCUGACAGUCUUCUAAGUCUAAAUCACCUAAACCAGAUACCCCAUUCACCCUUAGUCCUCUCUUUGGCAGGAAAAGUGUAUACCUUCUUUACGCCAUUGAAUUUGUGUGUGCCAUCUGCUGCUGUGCAUAAGGAUCUGUAAGUUUGGGCAUGAAUCAAACUUGGCAUUAGAAGUGAACAAUUACAGGACAUCUCAAAUUUCCUCCUAAAGCCAGCUAGCCAGACGGCUUGGAGAGGCACUGCUAUGGCAGGAACUUACAUGUAUUCUUUAUCUCUCUCCAGCUCUCAUGGUUAAUAUACGUUUUGGUGGCACAAAGCUAAGUUCUGCUAGGAGGAAAGCAUAUCUGUGUUCCACAGAAGCCAUCUUUGCAGUUUUGUGUGUGUGUUCCCAGGCCAAAAGAAAUAGUCCCUCAAUUCAGAGCUGCAACGUUAGAAUGUCUUUUUCUGUGUUCCUUUGGAUCUCUUGGCAUUCUGAAAUGUGGGUGGUGGACUCUCUUUUUUCCAGGGAGACCUGUUCAGCUAAAUAUGAAUCACUAUCACCAGGCUUAAUUUUAAAAUGUUUGGGUUUUUAGAUGUUUAGGAAUGCAUUUCAAAGGAAAAAGAUAACUGGCUGUGUUCAGUUUAACUGGGAGGACUGUAUCUUAAUUGUGCAAAUGAAAACUAGCUCUGGGUUUAUGUAAAGACCUCUGAUGGGGAAACCUGAGGUGGUAAUACUCCAAGAUGGAACCACUCUGCUUUCAAACAGGAUAGUGGUGAUGCUUCCAAUGAAGCAAUGCUCUAGGGACCUAUUUAUGGUCUCUCUUACUUGCUUUUGCCAAUCACUUCUAAAAACCAACUACUUCAGUUUAAAUUCUCCACAUGUCUUAGUCUCAGUUUAGACCAAGCAUGAUCAUGUGUGUUUUCUCAGAAGUAAAAGGUUUGCAUUGCACAUACUGUGGAGAAGCAUCCAAACCUGACUGGGAACUCUGCUAAGGUGUGGCUGUCUUAACUAACAGGAUCAUGUGGGAAAGUUGGAUCACUGUUAAUUAUUGAGUAGGGCGAGGCAGAUCUGCUGAUCUUGCUAUCAACUGAUCUCACGUGAGAAGUAUUGUGUAAAUGUACUGCACUCCAGAGGUUCAGCAUUGUCAAAAUGCAGCACAUCUUUCUUGAGCCACACAAUUCCUUCUUCACUUUGAUGGUCAAGAACAUUAUUGCUAAUUUCAGGAGGCUCUUACUAAUUUCUUUCUCUUGAUCCUCACUUGCAGGUAUUCUGGGAUGAUUUUGUAAAUGAAACUGGAACCAAUCUCCUCUUACAGAACCUCCCAGUUUGCCAAACCCACAGUGGCCAUCCAGUUUCCAGAAUGUGCCAGAGCCAGUGACCAUGAUCAGCAUGUCACUUGCACCGCCACACUCUCAUCCCUUAGGUCAGGGAGUAAUUAACUUGUGGUCCUCCAGAUGCGGUCCUACUAUUCUCAACACCUGUGACUAUUCACCAUGCUUCUUGGGGCUGAUGGGAGCCCAGUAACAUCUGGAGGGGGACAGGUACCCACCUCUGCCUUAUCAGGUAGCGGAAUGAAAGAAGACAAGUAUCCACUGACGACUUUCCCAAACAAGCUUCUUGUUCUCUUUCUUCUCAUUGGGGCACCAGAUUUCUCCUAACCCCUGACACCUGUCAGCAGCUUCUUCCCACUAAGGCUUGAUGCAGAGCCCUUCUUUCGUGGGCUAUUCGCUUCUGGUCAGUGCAGAAUAGUUCACUCCCGCAAUAACUUUUGCCAUUUCCAUCCAUGCGUCAUGUUUUUAUGAACAGUGAGAGAGGAGACUUAAAGGGAUUGACAGAAUAAAUAUUGUUUUAAAUCUAGACCAAUCAUUUUUUAAGCUUUUUUUCUGUAUCUGUUUUGAAGUGUGCACCCUACUCUUGUGUUCCUUACAAAGAUAAAAUAGCCUGUCUAUCUCAGAUGUAUCUGAUGCUGGUUACAUCAGUCUUGUUUAUAAGAUUAGUGAUGGUGUGUGUUAUUGCCUAUCUCCUCCUCCACUUGCCAGAGCUGCUCCACCUGCUCUUUCUCUUGCCUUCUGUUCCCUACCCCAGUGUUUCCCAACCCUUUUCAGACCGUGGCCCCCUUCCAACCUUGUUUCCUUCCUGUGACCCCCAUGGGCGUGGCCAAGGGGGACAGCUUCUCCUCCAGUAAGUAAAAAUCAAUACAAAUCUGAGUUUCUGCCUCCCCCCAACAAAAAUCCUGGCUAUGCCCACGCCCCCCCAUCCUACCGGUAGAAAGGUAGCUAUUUAAAUGUCUUGUUUGUAAAUAGAAGAGGUUUUAGUUAUAAUUUUAAUAAUUGAUACAAAAUACAAUUACAUAAAAUGAUAGGAACAUAAUGAAAUGUUGAAGCAGAAGAACAUAGAAUCAUGGAGCUGGACGGGACCCCCAGCAUCAUCUUUCUAGUCCAUCCCACUGCUAUGUAGGAAACUCGGCUAAAGCAUCUAUGACAGAUGGCCAGCCAACCUCUGCUUAGAAACCUCCAAGGAAGGAGAGUCCAGAACCUCCCGAGGGAGAGCCAUCUUCCGUGAAUUAUAAAAAGCAAACAAUGAUUAUUUGACCCCAGUUAUUUGACACAGAGGGGGAAACCUACAGAUACAGUCCAAAAGGCACAUAGGGAGUUCUGCAUAUGUGGGAAAAUUUUAAAAGGCUUCACUGACCUGGUACAAAAAGAUCUUGUCAUCCGGAGGUGCCCUGGCUGCCUAGAUAAAACACUGUAGCCCCGAACACACUUACCUGGGAGUAAGACCCACUGAAUCCAGUUCAGCUUUCUUCUGAGUAGACACUUACUUACUAGAUGCAAGUCGGCAGCAUCAGAUCCCCCUCGGCUAGAUGGUGGGGUGGAUUGCACCCUGCACUUUGCAGAGUCAGGCCCAGGCUGCCACCGGGCCCAGCACUGGCAGCAGCAACAAGCAGCCCUGGCUCUCCCAGUCCUACCCAUUGCCACCCUACCACCCCGCCUGAGCUGGGGGUUCUGGAUUGCAAGCUCUACUGGUCAAAACGGGAGCCUCAGCGAUUGCCCUCUCCCCCCGGAAACAAACCAGGACUGCUCCAAGAAAACACACGUGGCAAAAAGGAGUGCUAGGCCCUGGUGGGCCGCCCCCUUACCCGCUGUGAUUGGCCAAGUGGAUAGCCAGUCAAUCAGGAUUUUAAAAAAUAAUGAUUUCCCUCUCUUCACUUCUCACUUCCCUCUGUGGCCCCCUAGGCUGGUGCUAUGCCCCCCCCCAAUUUGUGCGAUUUUAUCUUGUGGCCCCCAUGGAAUACGCUGGGGGCCCCCAGGGGGCCAUAUGGCUCCCAAGUUGGGAAACACUGUUGAACCCUACCUAAUUCCAUUGCCUUUAAGUUAUGCUAAGGUAACGGCUCUGCAGGGCUGCAUAUGUGGGACACUGUGGCUGUUCCCUUGUCUGUAAACAGACAGUUCACUAUCUCUCUGCCAGGCAUGGUGGUUGUACUUCAAGGCGCACACUUAGGGGCCACUGUGCACAUGGAACUCCUAGUAAGCACAAGCUACAGCACUUUACAAAAUGCCCUGUACAGUCAUUCCUUCUGGAAAUGCAAUCCUAUAUGGCAUGAGCUGUAUCGUAAUUGGAUCUUGCCCUAGCUUCGCCUGUGCUUUCAGCACCACACCUUAUUAGAGGCAGCUUUACGCAUCUCAGGUGAGCGUUGGAUUAAAAGUGCAUUCAUGUCAAUGGGCAUUGUGUAAGAUCUACAGGAAGAUAGCAUUUUGAACUAAUAUCCAGCACUGUGAUCAUGCUCCUCACGUUUUUAUCGAAUGAAUGCUUUCAUUUACUAUGUAGUACUUCUGAUUUUUCCAUGUCAGGUCUCCAGCUAGCUUCCUAACUGUCACAGUCUUCCAUAUAAUAGUUUCUGUAUUCAUUUGCCAGUAGUGUUUUUGGCCCUCUAGUAUAAGGUUACCAGCUUUUUUUCAAUGAAUCCAGGGACACUUUUCAACUUCGGUGGAUUUUGUAUGGGGACUGAUUUGUAAAUCCGGGGACUGUCCCCGGGAAAUGGGGACGUCCGGUAACCUUUCUCUAGUACUCUUUUGGUACUUGAAGUGGAAAGUUAGCCUUCAGCACUAGCAUGUCGGCUGCCUUGAUGCCCAGCAUUAGGGGCUUUCGUUCUCAGCUGUCUAGUGAUACUAUGAUAUCAGCAUUCUGUACCUCUCACGCUCCUUCUACAUGUUUUCAUGUCUCUGGAUGCAUUGAUAUGGUUGGAUGUGAACAAGAUUCGCAGUGCACAAAGUCUGCUAUGUUUCCACCAACUCACUUUUGACUGUGUGCUCAUUCCAUAGCCUGUCCCUGAGAAGAAGGGUUUGCUACUGAUAGCUCAAUUGGUUAGAGCGGUGCUAACAAUGUCAGGGUUUCAGGUUUAAUCCUCAUAUGGGACAGUAGUGCAUUCCUGUAUUGCAGACGGCUGGACUAGAUUAUCCUCAGGCUCUACGAUUCCAUGAUCUUGAGUUGGGUCAUUGGUUUAUUAGCCCAGUACUGCUCACUCUUGAUUGGCAUCAACUUCCCAAGGUGUUGGAAAGAGAGUGAUAUUUCCUAGCGCAGGAACCUGGGAUGUUUUUACUGGAGGGGCUGGAAAUACAACCUGGGACAUUCAGCUUGCAACACCUGUGCUGGACCACAGACAGAUGAUCCUUCCCAGGUGAGCAUUGCCAGGUCCUCAGGAAGUCCAAUGUUGGAUUAUAUAACAGUCUUUUGGAUACAUGUUGAGGUCAGGGAUGGUCAUGCCAGGAGAGAAGCUGAGGGGGCAGUUUGGGGUCACUAAGAAAGGGAUCAGAAUAGGAGGGAUACAAAUUUGACACACAGCGUACAAUCGAUUGGGGAGUUUUGUGCAAACCCCAUUGGCACGUACCGCUGGUGCAGCUCCGAACUGUAUCAGAUAGGGCCUCGACAGGAUAAUUUCCCCAAACAUUGAUCCCUCUUAUCUUAUUUUUAUUACAAGAAUUUCUGCCCUGCUUCUCAAUUAAUUCCUAGGGUGACUUACGGUACUGUAAUACAAAAUCCAAUAAAACAUUUAAAAUGUAUGAAAGCACUCUAAAAAUAUAAGAAGGUAGCAACAAAUCACCAGCCGAGAUAAAAACUGAUUGGACUAAGAGGCCUGGAAAAUAGCCUCGCUGCUGAAAUGAUUUCAAAGGAGGCACCAGGUCAGCCUCCUUGAGGAGAGUGGCCCACUGUUGGGUGGCCACAGCCAGGAAGGGCCAGUCCCCAGCUGGAUGCUGGUCACAUCUCCAGUAGAAGGGAACCCAGAGACGGACCUCACUGAAGAUCUAAUGGGAGCGGACAGGGAAGGUGCUAGUAAGAUCUCCUCCUGGUCCAGACUGUAAGGAGUGCUCUGUGUAAAUACUACCUGCUUUUUCUUCAUCAAGCUCCUAGGCAAAGCCUCUGGUAUUAUGAGUACAUUGGAAUCAUGACUCUCAGUUUCAUGGUAUUCAGAGACUCUUAGUUUAUGGUUACUCUACGUCCUCAACUUUGCCAAGAACUUUGCCACCUACCUCCUACCGUCAGGAGCAUUCUGAGAAUCAGCAUUUCUUUUGGAACUCCUUGCUUUUAUAGCUGCAAAGAUAAGUUUGAAGCGAAUAGUGCCCGUGAUUAACGACAUCAUUGCAUUGGCAAGGCAUGUCAUAAGGACAAUAAUCCACAUUGCGUACCAGAACACUUGUGUGUGAAUUUAUCCCUUAAAAUUACUGCUUGGUCCUGGAUGUUGAUAGCUAGUUAUUUUUUUAGUUUGAGAGAAGAGAAGCAGUUUAUCUGUGGCUGCAUUAGUUUGUCUUCCGCUUUCCAGGAAAGUUGAAGUGUGACAGCCCUUGUAGCUCAGGGUGCUCUUAGAAAUAAGCGCUCACCAACUUAUUUCUUUUUAUCCUACAAUCAUUACUGGGAAACUAAGGUUUUGCAGAUUUCUACAGUGCUUCAGAAACUUGUUUCACCAGAGGUGCAAGUGUGCUAAAUUGGUGUGUCAUGCAUCAUCUCACUUUGUUUUUUAAAAAUCUAGUGAGUAUCUGCAGUCUAAAAGCUCCCAAGAAUGUGGGCUGCUGCUAAUUCUGCUAAAAGGAUUAGGUGGCACAGAAUAAGACUAAUGGGAUUUGAACCUUUGAUUCCAUUAGUAAAUCAUUAAACCUGAGGGUGGGGAGUAGGAAGAUUUGAACCUUGAGGCUUGAAGCCUUUGGGCUAUAAACUUGUGGAUUUGUCCAUGUGUUUCUUUAAUUUCAAAACAAACAAAAUAAUGGAGUACAACCUCACAGGAUUGGUAUGAGGGUAAAUGCAAGAGAAGUUGUAGCUGUGCUAUAUAUCUGAUAUUAAAAUAAUCCAGAAAGCUCUGUAGCAGACUCAUAAAUAAACCACUUCUUCAGGGGAAAGGAGUGUGAGAUCCAAUUACAAUGUCACUUGGUUACUAGGUAAUAUUUAUAGCAUGGCUGGUUGUACUGGAGAGCAAUGGUAAAAUAUGGCUUGUGUGGCAGAUUACACUUACUAGAAUCUAGUUCAUUGUGCAACUGACUGAAAUGUGCAACUGUCAGUCAUGAAUUGGGGGGGGGGAGAGAAGAGGUGAGGCAAGGGGGGGCUCUUGGUUAGAACUGCGUUGCAGUUCAGAGCGUUGAAGGACUUGAUGCAGACUUACAAAACGUUAGAGAGAGUAAAACUUGUGUAAUCAGUAAACUGCCUGAAUACGAAAUAGUCGACCGAGGAAAUUUCACUGGUAAGUUUAUCGUCGGCGUUUUGGAAUGAGACGUGUGUGAAACAAAUCAUUUUAAUUUACAAGGGUUCUUUGGGAUGGCACAUGGCAUUUUGGUCUAUCCUGCACCCUAGAAUACAUUGCAGCUCAUCACAGGUUCUUGGUGAACUCCAGCUCCCCAACAUCCAGGUCAUGGGGGCGGGUGGGGGUAGCAAGUUUUGCCGCUUCUGCAACAGUGCCUCCAAAUGCAGCACUUUAGUUCUUCUUCCAUAGGACUGAACUGAAAAAAAGUAAAGGUGUGUUUAGGGUGUCAGCCAAAGCUUCCCCCAGUCCUUUCUUCCAAAGCUCUGUUUCUUAGUCACUUUAAAUUGUUGAGUACAGAGAAAGAUGUGGCAGCAUCACAGUGAAUUGUGCUAAAAGAACAUAUUAUUAUUAUUAUCAUUAUUUAUUAAAUUUGUGUACCACUCUGAAGAUCGCAUCAUCACUUAUCAGCAUUAGUAUGCCUGGAGAGUAUUCUGGGUGUGUGGAGAAACCAAGGAUACUCAGCCAUUGCCAACAGCCCAGUUAAAACUGACUCAGUGGGUGGUGAUUUUUUUCUGUCUCCAUGGGGCAGAUCUUUAUCAGGAUUAGCCUUGGUGGGUCUGUUAGAAGAUUGAUGCAGUUUUCCAGGGUUUCUACUUCCAAAGAGUGUCUAAGUUUAUUUUUUCUCUGAUCAUUACAUAGUGUUGGACAUCUGAUGUAGUUCUCUUGUCAUUGAGAACUGGUGCUCAUUUAAAAAUGCUGUCAUAAUUUUUGUAUGGUUUGAAGUCUUUAUAAAAUUUUAUUUGCCUCUUUUGGGGGUUUUAAUUUUGCUUUUUUCCUCAAAAAGUGUUUAUGGGUUCUCUCAUUUUCUACUCAUAUUGAAAUACUGCCCCUCAAUGAGUACAAACUUAAUUCACAAAACAUUUUGGGGUAUGUGUACCCCUGCAUCCCCUGGAGCAAGGCACUGUUAACUUCCCUGUUCCUCCUUACAGAAUGGGCUGAGUCUAGAAGAUAGCCAUGAGCUCACAGUAAAGUCUUAUUUAGCUAAUGUGAGUCCUAAAUGGUCAAUUUGGUGCACCCUCUGCGUCCCCUGGAUAGUAGAAUAAUCAAAAGGGAAUGCUUUUAUAGAAUCCGUUUGUGUUCGUCUGGACUGAUCUGUCUUCCUGUUCUUUCCCUAUAGGAUACCCUUUUGCCUUGUUCCAGCGCUAUUUCCUUUUCCAGAAAGAGCUCUACCUCAUACACCUGUACAACACGCUAACGGGGCUCUCGGUUGCCUACUUCAACUUUGGUAAGGGGGGCUGAGAAGAUGGCUGCCCGACCAGUGAGUACCAGAGUGGGGGUGGGGGGGUGAUGUUGAUUUUCCUUGCAGUUUCUAAUUGUCUCACAUUUACCUCCUCAGGGCCGCAGUUCUGUCACUCCCUCAUAUGUGUCUUCGUUCAGUUUCUCAUACUGAGGCUCAUGGGCCGCACAGUCACUGCCGUCUGCACUUCCUUCUGCUUUCAGAUGGUAAACCUGUUCCUUCUGUGUUCCUCUCUGAGAUUCUGAUCUUGCUGUCUUUUGCUCUGCCCAGCAAGAGCUGAGCAGGAGCCCGGGGAGUGGGGGCGGGAAGGCAGAUAGAGGAAGCAGUGGUUUAUCCUCACGGCUAAUGUCUUUCAGAUAUAUCUGAUGGCUGGCUAUUUCUUCACUGCCACAGAGAGCUAUGACAUCAAAUGGACCAUGCCACACUGUGUCUUGACUCUCAAGCUGAUAGGUAAGCAAUUUUGCUCAUCCAGUUCUGUUCCAUCGCCGUGCUUUGGCGCCACAGAUUCCCUCCUACGGUCCAGCUAUCUUGCUGCUUUAAAACGUGUACAGUCGUACCUUGGUUUGCGAACGCCUUGCAGCUGAAACAUUUUGGCUCCUGAAUGCCGCAGACUCGGAAGUGACUGUUCCGGUUUGCGGACUAUUUUUGGAAGUCGAAUGUCUGAUGGGGCUUCUGUGGCUUCCAAUUGGCUGCAGGAGCUUCCUGCAGACAAUCAGAAGGCACACUUUGGUUUACGAACAUUUUGGAAGUCGGAACAGACUUCUGGAACGGAUUCCGUUCAAGAACCAAGCUACGACUGUAUUGGGAAAUCCCAGGGCAGAUUACAUGGGGCUUCCAGUGGCCUCUCAAGCAGAUAGUAAUCUGGUUCAUACUCACUGAACUGCAACAUUGGGUUUUUCAGGCCCUUCGGUGGGCUGACGUUUUGUACAGUGUUGGCCUCCUUGAUUAUAUGGUAUCUCUUUCUACCCCUAGGUUUGGUCAUUGAUUACUAUGAUGGCAGAAAGGAAGUGGUGAGUGAAAUGGAAUCAUUUUCUUUCCCCCAUUCCUCUCAACGGGAUUGUGUUCAGGGGAGUUAUUGGAGAUAAAGGCUGUAGCAAGUAGGAAAGGGUCCUGUGGAGCAGGCUGGGUACCCAGGAAAGUGUUCCUUUCAGGGUAGGAACUGUCCACUUCUCAAACAGGUUAUGAGUGAACCUCUAAAUUCCAAACACUUGUACAAACAAGCACAGAAGAAAAAUCUGGUAUAAGAAGUCAAAAGUCAGGCUUGUUAAGAGAAUCAGAAAGUUACAGAUACAGUGGUACCUCGGAAGUCGAACGGAAUCGGUUCCGGAAGUCCGUUUGACUUCCAAAACGUUCAGGAACCAAGGCGUGGCUUCCAAUUAGCCGCAGGAAGCUCCUGUAGCCAAUCAGAAGCCGCGACUGACGUUCAGGUUCCAAAGAACGUUCGCAAACCAGAACAAUCACUUCUGGGUUUGCGACGUUUGGGAGCAAGGUGUUUGACUUCCAAGGUACGACUGUAUUUGAAAGAUGAGGCAGUGAAAGCAGAAAAGGUGCAAGAAGCAAACAAAGCUGGCAGACUUACAAAGCCUUGGUUACAAAGAAAAUGGGGCCAAAAUUCCUAAGCCAUUUUGAUCACCUUAACACUACACAGACACACAACUCACUUUCUUAUUUUAAUGUUAUCCUUGGGGCUGAGCAGAAAAUGUGCUUCAUCCCAUCCAAGUGAGACUUGAUAAACUUGGCCCAUGAGAAGGUGACUUUAAACUUCCAGUCUGAGGGGGCGGUCAGCUGGGACGUUGAAUAUGCUGAAACACCUAUGAAGCAUUAAUCCACUCACACCUGUCCACGGCAGUAUCCAGAUCAUGAUUCGAGGGGGAGGGCAGGACUCCAAAUCAUGCCUUUGCUUUUGUGCAUAAGGGUUCUGGGAACAAGGCCAGAAAAAUGAAGGGCUCUUUUAAAUGAAGUUUCUUUUAAACAGGCCACAGGCCUGAGGCAAAGAUUACAGAUAAUAGAGUGAUGACUUAAGGAAAAAAAUAACAAAUAAAGUUGGUGCAAAUGCUGACUUUGUAUCCUCCCGCUCCUUUGCAAAAACCUCCUGCUUUCAGGUCUGUCAAGCAGUAUUUCUUCCAGUUAGGACAUAUGUGGGUGGGAGUGGGGAUUAGUUCAUUUGAGGAUGUUAGGGAGGAUUGGGUAGAGAAAUGCUAUCUGUUACUGUGCCCUUGAGCUUAUCAUGGCUUCUUCUGUGCCAGUCCCUGCUUCCAUUUCUAGAACUCCAGGGAACAAAGCCAGAAAAAGUUGCAGUUGACAAGUCCUUAGGAAAGCAAAUACCAGAACAGUUCGCUAUUAGGAUUAUGAACGACACUACAAAGCAUGCUAUGAACCUAGAGAUUUCUGUCCAUGAUUGACCUAUGGGAUUCCUAAUGGUGGAUCUUGUUCUUCAAAGCAUUUAGAGCAAGUGAGUUAGGCAGCUUUAAGACUAACAAAAAAUCUCAUGCAUGCAAGCAAAAGCAAAUUCACGAAUGCUGAUGCAGUUGUUGGUGUCUUUAUUAUUUUUCUACAGCAGGCUCUCACUCCUGAACAACGACAGUUUGCUGUUCGGGGAGUUCCUACUUUACUGGAAGUCACUGGCUUCGUGUAUUUCUAUGGUGCCUUCAUGGUGGGGCCACAGUUCUCCAUGACACAAUAUCAUAAGCUGACAAGAGGCGAGUUGACUGACGUUCCAGGCCAAAGACCCAACAGGUAAUUUUCCUUGCCCCGCUUCCCAGUGCCUGGAGUAUUCUUGUCCAUUUCCUGGACAUCCUAGCGCUACUAAUCAAGACUCCAAACAUUGCGGGGUGUGGGGCAUUCCAGCUUCCUCAUGGUAGUGAUUCCAAAAUCCAUGUAAGGGCUGUAACUUUAUUGGGUCAAGCAAAAUAUUACAGACUCAUGUGCAGUGCCCAAGAUUUCAGGUUCUCCAGGGUUCCCUCCAUAAAGGUAGUCAUUGUAAUUAAAAGCACAUAACAUUGUCCAUUUGAGCCACAGUCCACUUUCCCUUUGUUCUGAAAUAGUGCACCACUGGAUGACUGAUUUCCUCUCUCUCUGUCUUUCCCCUCCCCUGCUCCCCAACGUUCAUUUCAGCUUUGUGCCUGCCCUUAAGCGCCUGGGCUUGGGCCUCUUCUUCAUGGUAGUCUACACUGUCGUGGCCCCAUACAUCCCUGAGGAAUACCUUGUCUCAGAUGCUUACCUGGUAAGAAAAGAAGGGCUUGGAGGAGAAAGAGCAGUAACUCCAGGAGGAAUAGUAUUAGCAAUUAUUAUUAUUAUUGCUAGAGUAUUUGUAUGUGGGUUAAACCACAGAGCCUAGGACUUGCCGAUCAGAAGGUCAGCGGUUCGAAUCCCCACGAUGCGGUGAUCUCCCGUUGCUCAGUCCCUGCUCCUGCCAACCUAGCAGUUCGAAAGCACGUCAAAGUGCAAGUAGAUCAAUAGGUACCGCUCCGCCGGGAAGUUAAACAGCGUUUCCGUGCACUGCCCUGGUUCGCCAGAAGCGGCUUAUUCAUGCUGGACACAUGACCCGGAAGCUGUAUGCCGGCUCCCUCGGCCGAUAAAGCGAGAUGAACUCCGCAACCCCAGAGUCGUAUAAUAUUAAUAUGGCUAAAAGUGCACAUUGCAAGUAUACAGACUGCCCACCUUGGCUGAUCCACGCAAAUGACCAGGGACAGGGCAGUUUGCAACCUUAUCCGGGCACUGGGCUUAACCUACCCCAGUACUGUGUCAACCUUUUUAUUGCUUUGUCAAAAUUAGUCGCAUUGGGGUGGGGAUAGGGAUCCUCUAUUAUUUAUUAUUAAUAAAUCUAAGAAACAAGAUCAGGUCCCCAAACUGAGGGCUAGUUACCCAUGAUUUAACAUACCUCACAGAUUUUUUUGUUUCCUGCAGGAACAACCCUUCUGGUUCCGCUGCGUUUAUAUAUUGAUCUGGGGCAAGACGAUGCUCUAUAAGUAUGUUACCUGCUGGCUGGUCACGGUAAGCCUGGAAGCUAAACUUGGCCUGCUAAACCACUUUCGCCUGUUGAGUAAGGCCAAGCAGUGUCAAGACAACUUGUUAAUCUUCACCGGUUUCGUUGCAGGAAGGAGUCUGCAUCAUCACGGGACUUGGCUACAAUGGAAAGGAUGAAAAGGGGAGGCCAAAGUGGGAUGCUUGUGCCAACAUGAAAGUCUGGCUGUUCGAGACAACCCCUUAUUUUACAGGCACCAUCGCCUCCUUCAACACUAACACCAACGCCUGGGUGGCUCGGUGAGCGAUGCUGAUAGCUUUUCUGCAGAACAGUUGUCCCCAAACCUGGCUAGAGAGGAGGUAGCCUUUUGUACAAGACCAGAAAAAGUCCUGAGGCUAUCUUUUUUUGUGUGUUUGCUACCUUGGCCCACUUUUGAAAUGUGAGCAGUGUUUAAUUUUUUUAGAAAAAGCAUAUAUCCAGAGCUUAAGGGAAAUCAGUAGAAAUACCAGUGGGCAGGGACAGGGCUUCUGAGCUCACGAUUAGCCCAAUGUAGUAAGUCUCCUUGUUUGAACUCAGUAGGAUUUAUUUCUUGAUUAGAUUUACUACUAAGUAAAGCAGUCUUACUUAGUAAAUGUAUACCCACCAUUCUUUGCCCAUGGAACUCUAGGUGUAAUAUAGAAGGCUUCUUUGGCGGUCUCCCAACCAGGAAGUGAGCAAGCCUGAGACCUGCUUAGCUUCAGCAAGGAACAAAAGCACCAUGUACCUUCCCAGCAUGCACACAAAAUCUCUGGGAUGGGGGAACCUGUGGCCCUUCAGAUGUUGCCACACGGUGUGGCUCCUGGCCCUGCUGUCUAGGGUACUACCAAUUGGGAGUUGAACAACAUUUGAAGGAGCCACAGGUUCACCAUGCCUCACCUAAUGUCUUUGUGCAUAAUCCAGCUGCUCCACAGUAGAUUCACAUGAUUACCUUCUUCAGAGCAAGGUGAUCAUCCCCAACCCAUUUUUCCUUCUUUACAUCACCUGGAGUGGUGACGACUAUGCAAAUUGGCUUGAUGAAGUCCUAUUACGAAUUACAAGCUGGUAACGUUUGGAGCUGGUGGGAUCGUGAUUUUUAAUAUCCUGGGUGAUAUUCAAAUAGGUUUUACUCAGAGGAGACGAAAUGAAUGGACCUAAUUUAGUCACUUUUGUUAAUUUCACUCAGUCUGCUCUGAGUAAACCGUAGUUGACUACCACCUUGGCUACUCUGGGAAUUGUACAGCACCAAUCAAGAAAGUGCUUUUACACAUGAAAUAGAAGAUAUCCACUGCAUGCCUAUGAUAGUGGAAAUGGAUUCCACACAAAGUUUGAGCCCCCAGAACCGCUCAUUGAGAAAUUAAGCCGGAACGCAAGUUGUUCAACUUGAGGGUUUUCUUGUGGGCAAAUGAUGUUUGUAUUUCCCUAACUGAAAAGCAUUCUCCUUAUCUUUUAGUCCAAUAAAGAAAAAAAUUCAUGCAGUAAAAUAAAACCUAUAUGAAGGUUGGCACAACAAAUCCAAGAUACAGAACACAAAUUAUGCUAAGAAGUUAGCUAAUUAAGAGGUUAGAAGUGAUCACCAUGGCAGUCUAUAGCAAUAGAUUUAACUUGCACAGAAAUCUUGUAUAUAAAGAAAGCCAUAGCGCAGUACCAAAGCAUACGUCCCAAGUUUGAUUCUUAGCAUCUAAUUAAUCUGUUUGCCCAGUGCCCCCACCCCAAUCUUUCUGCUACAUGGAGAAAGAUAACUUUGAACCAGGGCCCGCCAGUGUUUUUAAGUGCUAGUUUAAAACCCUUUUCUUUUGCUGUUUGAGCCUCCUGCAGCAAAAAACCAAACCAAACCAAAACUUGAUGAAACCACCAUUACCUUUUGGAGAUGACAUUGUUUCUUUUCUUGAGAAAACUAAAUGGUGAUUAAUGCCUUCAGGACUGGCAACUGAAAGGAUUUAUUGUUUUCCAUCUACAGCUACAUUUAUAAGCGGUUGAAAUUCCUGGGGAACAAGUUAUUAUCUCAAGCACUGUCCUUGCUUUUCCUGGCUGUCUGGCAUGGUCUGCACUGUGGAUACUUGGUGUGCUUCCAAAUGGAGUUCCUCAUUGUCAUUGUUGAGAGACAGGUGAGCAGCUUUAAAUGAGUGGUAAAGUCAGCCUCUAGGUCAGGGCGGCCCACCUUUUCAUACCAAGUGGGCUGCAAGAGUGCUUCAACGCAGAAGCCAUGGGCUGCACACAGCCUUAUUUCACUGGAGGUGGGAAGCGAGGCAAAAGUUUUGAUGUCCCCUCCCAGCCCUCUUCCCAAAAUCGCUGCCUUCCCAGAGGCUUAGGGAAAGAGGCACAAGGCUCUGGCAGGGUCUUAAAGCCCUCCCACCUACUCCCUAAAGUGCUAACUAGACUUAGGGAAGGAGAUGGGAGGACUCUAGGACCCUGUCAGAGCCUUCAGGCCUCAGCCCCAAAAUCCAGGGCCUCACCCAGCUUUGGUAUGGCAGCACGAGGUGGCUCACCUUUAUCUUGGUACUAUGCCUUUCUUGGAAAGUCCUCCAUCAGAUCCUAUAAAUUGGUAACACCAGAUUGCCAGGAAGGAUGUGGAAUGAAGUUUCUGAAUUGGAGGUUAGUUGACUUCAUCCUUGUGUGGUUCCUAAGUGAGCAGCAUCAGUUUUACAAAGGGACAUGUUGGGUUUUGGUUUUUCAGGCUAUCUUUUGUGUUCUAGACUGCAGAACGAAAGAAAAUGUUUUCUUCUCACUACAGUACCCAAGGCUUUCGUAAAUGCCAAUGAAUCAAACCGAUUUAAGAUUGGGGGCUAUAGGUUGACAGCUAUAUUAAGCAGUCAAUUUAUUAUACAUGUCCCUUCGGUGAAAUCUAAUUCUGUAGACCAGGCUAGGGUGCCUGUGUUCAUCCUACAUUUUUGUCAGCUCCCAGCUCAUGCCCAGCAUAGCGGAUGGCCAGGGGUGGGGGGUCCAGCAACAUCUGGAGGUCUGGAGUUUCCCCAUCCCUGUUUCAUAUGUAGUCUGGUUUUAGACCACACAAAACUCUGGCUCAUGUUGUCUCAACUCAAGCCUGCCCACAAACUAGCUUUUUGGGGGGUUUACUGACCACUUUUAAGACCACUGACAAGCCACAGCUGGGGCUGCUGUUCCACCUUAAGAGCUGCUGCUCAUUGGAUUCUAGUACUGAACAAACAGAAAUCCGAAAAACAGCUAAGACCCGUCCAGUCAGUGGAAGCUCAAACUAUGGUGUGGGCCCUUAAUCGCUGUUAGUACAAAGUAAGGUUUGGUGUUCUGAGCCUAGCCAUGAAGACCAAGUUCUUCUUGUUACAGCUUAUUGACCUGGUACACGACAGUCCACCUCUGGCUGCCAUGGCCUCGACUACUAUCUUGCGGCCUUUCUUCUACGUGAUUCAGCAAGCUGUCCACUGGAUGUUCAUGGGAUAUUCUCUGGUGCCAUUUUGCCUCUUCAGUUUGGAAAAGUGGCUCAAGGUACUGAAGAAGUCUAAUCCAUGGGGAAGGAGGUCUCCCCCCCCCCUUUACUGUCAGCAGUAGCAUGUCUUAACUCUCGCUUCCUCAUUUGCUCCUUCUAGGUAUACAAGUCUAUUUAUUUCCUAGGCCACGUGGUGUUCUUCACAUUACUGUUUGCAAUGCCUUACAUGCGGAAAGUACUUGUGCCACGAAAAGAAAAGUUAAAGAAAGCAGAGUAACAACCAAAAGGUAAAAAAAAAAGCCAUGGGGGUGUGCUACUGCUUCGUAAGCAGAAUCAGGUGGCACGCAGCUAAUUAAUUUUGAUUCUUUCUCUUCUAGAUUGUACCACGCGUGCAUUUAUUAUGGGGAUGGUAGAAGCAUCACCUGCCAAACUUGCUGCGGUCAAACCCAUGCAGAGUGACAUUGGGAAAAGAGCACAGGGGCGAAGACCCCAGACUGAGGGGGACUGGGGAACUGGCUGCAAACUCCCUCCCCACUUCUACAGGUUGCCUUAUCUCUCAACUUCUCCCUACGGACACUCCAGUCUCUGGAAAUGUCAGAUGAUUGUAAAGCACUUGACGCAGCUGCCAUCUAGGAAUGGAGCCACCGCCUGACUUUUUCUACUUUCCAAUUCUGUUAGAUAAAAUUGGUCCCAGUUGGUUUUUCACUCGUGCCUCAUCUGCUUUUUAAAAAACAAACUGGCUGGGGAAGCUGGUGCUGUUUCUGUCUCCUAGCUUUGUAGGCAAGGGGAAAGAUAGGUUGGCGGUGUUCAUAAGCUACACAGGAGUAUGUGGGACUCCAGACCCACCCGCACUGUUUUAGGUAAAUCGAAGGACGAUCCUCUGUUGUAACAACUGCUGCGACCCUCCAGCUACUGUUGGACACAGCUUGGCUAUGGGGCCACCAUAAAAGGCCAGAGACACCGGGAAUGACAGCAGAACAAUAUCUGAAGGGCUUUAGAUUUUCUGUGCUAUAGGUAUACACACUAAGGUUGCUACUUCAUUUUCGUACUUUGCUGCAUGUCCUUUUAUACAACACCAACUGAGCAGAAAAAUCUUUUUCCUGCUAUGUUUUAACCCUUCUGCAUUGGCAGUCACUUCUUUUUGGCUGCCACCUAAGAGAAGGUAAGCAGGGGUAGAUCCCUGACACUGCUCCUACUCAGGUUUGUUUUUCCCAUCUUAUUCGAACAAGCACAGCUGUAUAUUCAAAUGACCUCUUGAAAUGCCUAAUGAGGUGGAUACCCAACCAAAGCAACACACAAAUGCCAUCCUGCUGCUUACAUACCUCUCUACUGAGACUAUCCACCACAGUAAAAAAAAAAAAACAUUUAUUUAUGCCCCCAAACAAAACAUAAGGCAAUUCUAACAGGUAGAACCCUGUAGCGCACAUUGCUCCAGGACAUGGAGCAAGCAGUUAAGUCCAACUGCACAAAGUCCACAUUGCAUUAGUAAGUUCACACCACUCCCCACAUCUCUUCAAAGGCUGUGGUGAUCUUGGCACAAGUCAAAGCAGCAGAGAGUGGGUAGUUGCUGAUAGAGAUAGUCUUUUCUGUGUAUUCCACAUUAACCUGGAAAAGAAAAGCAACAGCCAGCAUGUCAGUGAAUAUCUGCAUUGUAUUUUCUGUACGAUACAUCUUAAACUCACCGGAGUAACAUAUGCAAAUUACUACCCCCUAAAUUAUGAGCUUAAAUCAAGUGUUCUACAGCCACUUUAUCCUCAAAAAUAUUCCUAUAAUAGGGCAUUAUAAUCCUGUAGAGUAGACCAUAUGCAACUACAUGUGCACACUACCUAUGAACAGUGCCUUGCCCUAAGGCCAGCUUGUGCAUUCAAGUGAGAUAACUGACUUACAACUGACUGGUAUGGAAGUGGGUGUCUUACCGAGCCAUGAGCAAAAGCUCCCACAGUGAUAGCUAUUGGGUCUGCAGUAGGGACUAUGUCACGGACGUCUGUCACAGUAGAGGCUGAGAAGGAUGUACCGAUCUUUGCGCAGCCUACAGGGAGGUGAUCGGUAACAGGAUUCUUAAUUACCUAAUGGAAGAAAAAUGGACGGGCUUGAAAGUAGAAGCAAGAACAAUCUUGCAAAGAAUCACAUAAUGAACUAGUAGAUUUUUUUUUUACCUUUAAUAACUUCUGAGGCCCAUCAGCAGCUCUGACGCUAAAUUUGUGCAGCAGCUGAACUGAGGAGAAAAAGGCAAGAUAUAUUUACAAUGGCGUUACAGAAUAGAGGCAUACUCUAAGAUAGGAGAAAUAAAUGGGCAGUUCUCACAACUAAAGUAUUAAAAAUUGGAUCUUCCCAUUUUUGUAAUACUGUGCAUGUUCGGAAUAGCUUUUCUCACCCUUGUACUAUUGGGGCUCACACAUCCAAUGAAGCUGACUGUUGGAAGAUUCAGACUGGAAAAAGAACUUAUUCUACAUAGUGUAAUUCUGAACUAAUUAAAGAUAUAAUGGCCACCAGCUUGGGAUAGCUUUAAAAGGGCUUUAGAUAAAUACAUGGAGAAUAAGGCUACUAUAGAUGGCUACUCCCUCUCACAUACAACCCUGCAUUAAUCUCCACUGAAAGCAUAAAAUUUUCUGAGGGGAAAGCAAGCCUCUGUCCUCUUACCCAUGAGGCCACAAAAACGAUCAAAAGUGCGAGGGAUUCUUGUCUGGGGAUUGACUUCAAUUAGAACAUUCUUUUCUGUAUGGAUAUAAACUUGGAGAAGGCCGGCUCGAUUCAAGGGACUGUCCAUGAGCAUCAGGAGGCUCUGGGAAGAAGAGUGAGAAAGAAAUAAGCUAAAACUAUUCAGAAGCAGGGAAAUUCUCUGCAGUAACAUCUGUCAGAACCCUGCAAUUGCGUAUUUUAAAAAGGCAGUGUGAGAUUCCGGCAUGCAAGUUUGCUAGGAAUAUUCAGUGAAAAGAGUAAAGGAAGCAUUUGGGAACAUUUGCAAUCUGAAUAAUAAUUUUAAAAGUUGCCAACAGUAUUUUUAAAAGCUGCUGUGUGGGAACUAAGUUUUCCUGUCAAUGCUUCAGAAAUAGCAACACACCACAGAGGUGACUUAAAAGUACGCUACUUUGAUUAUGUAGUAGAUACAUGAAUGUACCUGGUGGGUGAUGUCAGGUCGUACUGUUCCAGGGUCCCGGCCACUUCGCAGAAGCAACGAUUUAUGCUUGUCGCAGGUCAGUAGCUCAUAGGUUUUUCCAACCUGGACAAAUAAUCAUUUUAUUUGUUUACAUGUAUUCAGCACAAUCUUUCUACAGCGAAGUGUACUCAAGACAGCUUACAAUAAAAUGUAACAUGACGCAAAACUUAACACAAAUUGACAAUAGAACAGUAAAAUGAGACAGUUAAAAUGUACUAAAUUGGGAAUUGUACAGUAGAUUAAAGGUUCUUUAAGUGCUAGUUGGCAAACAGAAGCCUGGCAAAUGGUUUUAGAAAGCCCACAAGGAGGACACGAAAGUGGCAGCUCCAACUCCUAUCAGAGACCCAUGUUUAGAGGUACAGUACCUCGGAAGGUGGAGCCUCCAUGCAGUUACCAUGGUCAACUGCCAUUAAUACAUCUCCCGUGAUGAAUAUAUUAUUAUUAUUUACUUAUACCCCAUCUUUUUCCCUGAUGGGACUCAAAACAUCUCCCACCUCCCCACCCACAAGGCUUGAUCUACACAUAAAGCAGAGGUGAAAUAAUGUGCUGUUUUAAAUCAAUUAAAUGUAUACACAAUUUUAACUGUAUUAAUGUUUAAUUGUUUUGUCAGGGGGUGGGUAAGCAGGGUAUAAAACAAAAUGAUUUCUGAAUGAUUCCCCUACGUGAAAAACCACCUACACAUCAUAGCGUGGCACAUCAGAGAUAGGUUUGACACCAUCCUUUUGGCAAAAUACAGGGCGGUGUGGGGGCAAUUCUUUUUCUUUCAUCUGGUGCUGAAGUGAUUUCAAAGCAAUCCAUUACAAUCUAUUGCAACCU